GUUCCUGACAACUCUUCAUUGAGUAAAGUUAAGCAAACAGACUCUAAGGAUGAAGAACAUUGUACUAAUAGCAUUAUUAACGUGUUUCAUGGAAAGUUGUAGGGGCAAUAAAGGAAAAUGCAUCGAUACAAAACUGAUAGCAGAUUUGCAUAAAUGCUGCACUUUACCGGAUCCUUUCGUGUUCAACAAAAGCUUCGUAGACAGUUGUGUUUCGAAGCACAGAGCCUUGAUAAUUGACCAAGCCAAAUUUUAUACGUGCAUGUGGGAUUGUCUUGGAUCGGCGUACGGUCUUUUCAACGGAAAUAGCAUUCUCCAGGAAAAGGCUCUGGAGCUGACCCAUUCGAUGGAACAAGUUGCUCAGGAAACCGUUUUAUUUUCCGUGGCUCGUUGUCGCAAGGACAGUAAAAUCAUCAACCACCGCAAACACGAAAAGCCGAACGAGUGCGAUAGUCUUGCAUCCAAAUAUAUUGUUUGCAUAAAACAUACGAUGUUGUUAAAUUGUCCCGACGAGCACUGGAAAAAUGAACCACUUUGUGAUGAGUUCGACAGUGGGGUUCCGUUAUGUGAAUGAUCAUGUUACAUCAACACUACUAGAUUUUCGAGUGUAAUUUAUGAUUUUUAGCAUUUUUAUUAUGACACAU